UCGGUAGUUCAGUGUUCGCCCGACCGCUGAGCAGCCGACACCCUACCAUCACCUGCGAGGGACUUAGUCGCUGACGGAGGGUUGUGAGGAACGGUUGUGAGGAAGGGUUGUAGUACGAGGGGAGGCGAGCUCUCUUUCUCUCUCUCACUUUCUCACUCUCUCUCGUCAAGACUCGAGGAGUGUACGGAGUUUUAUCUGAGUUUGUGUGAUACAAUUUAUAUAUCGGCUCUUCGGUUCGCUAUCUGAGAUACUCACGAUGCCGGGGGAGAGCCACUCGGACGCGCCGGCGGCGGUCCCUCUGCAGGUGGCCGUGCAGUCGUCAGCCCUUCCGGACUCCGCGAACGGCCACGCGGGAGGCGACUCGCCGAAGGCCCUCAACUGCCUGGAGUGCAAGAAGGCGGCCACCAUUGUGUGCGGCGGCUGCUGGCAGGCGGGCUACUGCGCCCGCGACCACCAGCUCACGGGCUGGGUCAAGCACCGCCCGAAGUGCCGGCCGUGGCGCAUCGCCCGCUCCAGCGUGCUCGGCCGCCACAUGAUCGCCACGAGGGACGUGGCCGCAGGAGAGCUGCUGCUUGAGGAUCCGCCGCUCCUCCUGGGCCCAAAGAACAUCACCGAGCCCGUGUGCCUCGGGUGCUACCGGCCGGUGGACGGGUCCUACGUGUGCCGCGGCUGCUCCUUCCCGAUGUGCGGCUCCGACUGCGAGGCGUCGGAGGACCAUCAGGUGGAGUGCAAGGCCGUCAAGGAGUCGGGAGUGUCCGUGAAGGUCACCGUCUUCGGCGAAAUCAACAGCAUGUACGAGUGUAUCACGCCGCUGAGGAUCCUGAGCCUACGCGACUCGAACCCGAUGGUGUGGAACAAGCUGCUCUCACUCGAGAGCAACCUCGACAAGCGCGGCGGCACGGAGGUGGCGGCCAUCACCCAGCAGACGGUGGUGGACAUCAUCCACGACAGGCUGAGGCUGGAAGACGAAUUCGACGCAGAACUCAUUCAGAAGGUCCUCGGCAUCAUCGACACCAACGCCUUUGAGAUCCGGCUGCCCGACUCGAGCAUCCAGGGCAUCUAUGGCAACGCAGCCAUCUUGGAGCACAACUGCGUGGCCAACACACACCGCACCUUCGACGCCGACCUCAACCUGGUGGUUCGCGCCGCAGUGCCCAUCAAGCGCGGGCAGCACCUCUCCUCCUGCUACACCGACCCCCUGACCACCUCCUUCACCAGACAGGACCACCUCCGCUCAUCCAAGUACUUCACAUGCCAGUGCGACCGCUGCCUGGAUCCGACCGAGCUCAAGACGUUCCUGUCCGCCCUCAAGUGCAGCGACUGCGCAACGAAGCAGGCGGCGGAGAAGGCGACGGCCAAGAAGGCAGCGGACAGCCAGCCCGUGGGAAGGGGCCUCAGGGGAGCCAGAAGGGGAGGCGUCAUGAACAGGGUCAGCCAGUUCCAGACUGGGGGAGGACGAGGCCAGGCGAGCGGCGGUGCAGAAGGCGGUGCCGGCGAUGAAGGUCCAGGACCCUGGAUCGUCGCUGAGGAUCCCACCUCGCCGUCGUCCAACUGGCGCUGCCUCGCCUGCGGCCACUCCAGUACCGACGACUACCCAAGCAAGAUCACAGACGUCGUGGCCGAAGAGGCAGAAGAACUGGAGAACUCCCCUACAGUAGCCACGUGCGAAGCCUUCCUGGAGAAGUGGGGCCACCUCUUCCAUCCAGACCACGCCAUCUUCCUCAACAUCAAGUACGCUCUAUUGCACUUGUACGGGUCAGAAGAAGGUUACGAGCUCGACAGCCUCUCGCCCAUCGACCUCACGCGGAAAGAGGAACUGUGUCGUCAGGUUCUCAAGGUCGCUGACAUUCUAUUGCCAGGCAUCACACGCUUGAGGGGCUCUGUACUCUACGAGCUCUAUCAGGCUCUAUUCUACAAAGCUCGAGCUCUCUUCAUGGUGGGAGCUGCAUCCUCCGAACAGGCGCGGCGGUUGGCUAUGUCGGCCAUGACAGCCCUGAAGGAGUGCGUUCGCGUCCUCAGCUACGAACCGGAAGUGCAGCCUGAAGGACAGUUGGGACUUGAAGCGAAAGAGGAAGUCAAGCAACUGGAGGAGUGGAUAAAAGAUGAAGGAUGGAAAUACUGAGGAAAAAUUCGAAGGAAAGUAGAGUGGUGAUUUGAAAGACAGGAUGUGGGAGUGAAGUGUUAAAGAGAAUGGGAGGAGAAUUGGUUGUAAGCGAAGGAAGAAAUGACAGAAAAUGCGACAAAUAUUCGAAUGAAAGUGAAUAGGAACUGAGACGGAUAUGAAGGAGUUUCUAAGAAAGAUAUGAUGAUAUACAUCAUUAGAAUAUGAAUGGUCAAAUUUUAAGAAAAAAAAUGAGUGGUGAAUAGAAAAUGGAGAACUUAAUGAGAAAAUGGAAAGGUGCCUCUUUUACCAUAUAGUGUAUUUUAAUGUGAUCUGUAUAUAUUUAAAUUAUCUAUCUAGAUUGUGGAUGAAGACUCUUAGGUUUCAAGACGGGAGAUCGUUGCUCAGUUUUGUCUUAUCAUUUAUUACGGUUUCUUUGUCUAUUUUAUGAUGUAAGUUUAUAUUACAAACAUGUAAUACAUUUUCAUUCUCUCGGUCUCAUUUUUCUCAGAUGCUUCUGUUUGUUUAUUCAUUCUUGAUUCCCUUUUCUUCAAAUCUCACCAGAUUGUCACUCCAUAACAUAUUUUUAAAAGUUACCCCUGUAUAUUAAAGUUAAUAACAGAAAACGUAAUAAUGAAAGGAUAAACUCAAACAUAUUUUUACAUUGUUCACUUAUAUCAGCAAUUCAUUAUACUUAUUCCUUCCUUUCUCAUAAGAUUGGAAUGCCCAUACAAAUAUCAUACACAUCUUUUCUCUCUUAAAAAAAUAGUUGUAUUACUAUUUGUUACCGACACUAUUGUACCGUUAGGAUGAGAAAUAGCACCGCCAGAAUGGAUCUAAGCUGAGACAAGUUCUGUGCCCAUAUGCAAAGCAAUGUUAGACCACGGCAAAGAAGGGAAGAAAUGCGAUGCAGCUUUAGGGACGGAAAGGGAGAAGAAAAUAGUGAAGGCUUACAAAGGAAGGGGGUAGGAUGGUGAACAAAGGGUUGGUAAUGAGAGAUGUCCAGUCAACUAGGCAAUUGUGGCCACAUUUCCUACUAAAAAGGGGUUAACGGUGUAACGCUUUUCCCGUAACUGACAGUCUUUGCAUCCUACGUAGGCUUUGGUCCCCCCUCCUUUCUUCUCUCUCUCUCUCUCUCUCUCUCUAUCUGUCUUUUUGUCUCUGUUUCUCGUGCCAUUUGCGGGAUAUUAAUCAAGGUCAUUCAUACAAGAUUUCACCUAAAGUGACAAAAGUGUUGAAUUCUUUACGUUUUAUUUUUAAAUCUAGUCUUUCCACACGGUUUGUGUAUCUUUAGUCUUGUAAGCAUUUGAUGACUGAAUUUAUAUUAUAGGAAAGUCACCUGUAUUAGAAAGUCUGUAGUAAGGCCCGAUAUUAUUACAGUCAGUGAUAUAAGUUUUGUUAUCGGCCUGAUUAUUUUUCUUUUGUCGUGGUAGCUGAUCGAAAUAUCAAUAUUUUUUAAAUGGUAGAACUGCAUUUUGAAUUAGGCGAUUCCAGUGCAGAGUUAUUUCUUUCGUGGAUUUCUUGUCCAAUCCAUUUUCGUAAUUUCAGUCCUUGUUUAGUCUCGUCUGGGAACUCACGUAUUAUUAGCAGUUUUAAUUUAUAGUUGGGUUGCUGGGUAUCUCUCAUGGACAAUAUGAUCACGUGUUAAUACGGAUUCAUAAAUGUAGCUAUGGUAACUUUCAGAACAAGAGUCCCACUCCUCAUUAAGUGUAUUUGUUUAUUUUUCAUCGGUCUUCUUGUAUCAUCACGACCCACUUUAUUUCGUCGAGAUGCUCUUUUAUAAAUGUCAUUUCAUUGAGUUGUUCAUUAACAAUCUUUUUUUCUUUUUGGUUUUAUUAAUAAAUAUUUUAGCCAACGUUUGACAUACGUAUGUGACUGUCAUUUAGGCCGGCGGUCUCUAGAGAUUUGCUGUCACCUUGUUGCUUGCAGUCUGUGUGUGUCAGAGUCUCACACUGUGUGCCUUUUCGAUUUGUAGAUGACUUUAGAUUCCUACUGGUACUCUGUUAUUUUUGCCACAUUUGCAUAUACAUUUUAUGUUGGCCAAAUAACCGUAUUUAUUGGUUCCUUGUGGUUUACUGUGAUGCAUCUUUCUUUUUUUUCUGAGAUUUUGUAUUAUUUAUAUGAUAUAAACUGUGAUCGGAUUGACACUGUUUGUUCAGAAAGUGAUUGUUCCUAUGCUCUUUUUUAUAAUGAUUUAUACUUUUCUAUGAUUUUACUUUAUUCAAACGGGCUGUAUGUAUUUUUUUGUCAUUCAUUGAGGCUUUGCGCUCCUACAUUCACGCCAUUUAUGUGUGUUGUACUGACAUUUUUUUCGGUCCAUCACAUCCAACACAGUUUCGCCUUUAAUGAUGUCACUUUCUUUUCGCCCACAAUGUUUGUCACUUUAUUUUAAUUACACAGCGGCCACAUUGCAUUCACUUUGAAGUAACUCAGUGAUCUCCGUUUUACAAAUAUUGUUUCUUAUCUCUUGUACUCUAUGACAGGAAGCAUGUGAGAUUUUGAUACUGUUUUUGUACGCUACGCCAUAAUGAUAUUGAUUAAAAUCGAAACGUUG